AUGCCCGAGCAUCUCGCACCAACCGCUCUCUUCGGCCACGAUACAGAAGACAACGAUGAACUCCGAACCCUCAGCCGCUCUCCCCACCCCUACCACCACCUCAAUACCGAACUGCCUCACCCUGCACAUCGCAUAGUCUACCGCCCCUCCAAUGCGACCUCGACAUCCACACCACCAAAGGAGUCUUCCGCCGAGUCCAGUCGAACUCCAUCUCCCUUCCCGUCCUUUACCAGGGACUCGUCGCAGGGAAGCGACAGCGGCACCGAAGCCGACGACGAACACUUCUUGAAGGGUCUUCCCGCCCCUAAAGUCCGUUUACACAAGGGCUUGAGGGGCAGGAACGAGGUCAUAUCUGGCACUUCUACGCCGCUGCUUUUCCCCGAUAAUCAGGAAGAUGGCGAUGCGAUCCACUAUCAAAAAGAAAAAGCAGAGAAGCUCAGGUUCUGGGAGGACCGCAACUAUCGCCGCACCAAAGAACUCAUUCGCCGCGUCUCCGAGUUCAUAAUUGUCGGCUCACUCUUCGCCGUAGUUGGGGCGAAUCCUAAGGUCAAGCCCAUCUUGGCCGUCUGGAGUCAAGGUAUAUGGUUCCCCCUCCUGUUCUCCCUCCACACCGAAACUUACGAUGGAUAG